UGUGCCCUGGCUGCGGUGGCACCACCAGAGCUGGACGUGGCUCUGCGGGUGCUGCUCUAUGGGCUGAUCUUCGCGCUGAGCGUCGGGGGGAACGCGCUGGUGGUGGCCGUGCUGGUGGCCAACCGGCGUCUGCGCACCGUCACCAACUGCUUCCUGCUGUCACUGGCGCUGAGCGACCUGCUCCUGGCACUGUGCUGCAUGCCCUUCAGCCUCCUGCCCGCCAUCAUGGGCUCCUUCGUCUUCGGGGAGGCCGUCUGCAAGCUCAUGGCUUACCUCAUGGGGGUGUCGGUGUCAGUGUCCACGUUCAGCCUGGUGGCCAUCGCGCUGGAGCGGUACAGCGCCAUCUGCAAACCGCUGCAGUCGCGGGCCUGGCAGACGCGGUCGCACGCGUGUCGCGUCAUCGCGGGCACGUGGCUGGCGGCGGCGCUGCUCAUGGUGCCCUACGCCGUGUACAGCACCACGCGGUCGGCAGCGCGCGGCGCGCGCCCGCUCACCACCCAGUGCACCCACCGCUGGCCCAGCGAGCACGUGCGCCAGGGAUGGUACAUCCUGCUGCUCCUCAUCCUGUUCUUCAUCCCGGGUGUGGUGAUGAUGGUGGCCUACGGGCUCAUUUCCCGCGAGCUCUACAGGGGCAUCCGCUUCGAGCUGGACAUCAAGGGGGACGCCGCAGCUCACCAUGGCGGCGGCGGGGAUGAGGCAUCCGCAGCCUGUGACGAGGGUGAUGGGUGCUACCUGCAGCUGUCCCGGCCGGGCGCUGCGCUGGAGCUGAGGGCGCUGGGCGCGCAGCAGGACCGUGCCCGUGUCAACAGCUCAGAGGCCAAGCUGGUGGCCAAGCGGCGCGUGAUCCGCAUGCUGGUGGUGAUCGUGGCCAUGUUCUUCCUGUGCUGGUUGCCCAUCUUCUCGGCCAACACGUGGCGCGCGUUCAGCCCGCGCGCGGCUCAGCGGGCGCUCUCGGGGACGCCCAUCGCCUUCAUCCACCUCCUGUCGUACACCUCGGCCUGUGCCAACCCCCUCAUCUACUGCUUUAUGAACCGGCGGUUCCGUGCCGCGUUCCUGGCCACGUGCUGCUGUCGGCACCGCGCCUGCCCACGCCACGCACGCCACGAUGAGAUGGCCGCUGCCACCGCCAGCGCCUCACUCUCCAAGUUCAGCUACACCACGGUCAGCAGUAUCGGCCCCCCAUGAGCCCCGGCAACACCGGCAGCACUGGCAGCAUCCCUAUCC